AUGUUCAUGUUGUGGUUAUUUGUCAGCAUCAUGAGCAUAUAUCACUCUUGCUUAGGAGUGAAUAGUCCUCUGCAUGCAUACUCUCCUGGGGACAUCAUUAUUGGAGGACUUUUCCCUAUACACUCAAAAACCAACCGCACCACACUGCCUGGAGCUAUCGCCUGUAAUAACUAUGAAUUUGACGUAUUCCUGCAUACUCAAGUGAUGAUACAUGCCAUCAGGGAAGUAAACCAGCGCACACCAAGAGUUCUACCCAACUUCACCAUAGGAUAUGACAUCUAUGACACUUGUGGAGAUGUCAGCAUCGCCAUUAGAGCAGCACUCCAACUGUUGAAGAACCAGUCAGACCCUCAGAGCUGCUUAGUACCUGAAAACAUUCAGUCUGCUUUAUCUGAACCCCAAACAAAGGUGGUGAUUGGUGAAAGGUAUUCUGAAGUGUCGAUAGCUGUUGCACGAAUUCUUGCUCUGUCAUCAGUUGCCCAGAUUAGUCAUGCAUCAACCAGUGAGGUUCUCAGCAAGAAGUACAAGUUCCCCUCUUUUCUGCGAACAGUGCCUAGUGAUGCAUAUCAAACAAAGGGCAUUGUUGAGCUAGUGAAGGAGUUUAACUGGAAAACAGUGGUAAUUGUGGGAAGCGAUGAUGAGUAUGGCAAGUAUGGUAGUGAUCGCCUUGAGGACCACUUCAUGAAUGAGGACAUCUGCAUUGAAUUCAUUCUAAUCCUGCCUGGUAACUUCAACCAAAACAGUUCAUUGCUACCUAAGCUGGUGGAAAAAAUCAAUGACUCCUCAGCUGAGGCCAUCAUCUUAUUCACCAAGGACACCUAUGCUAGAAUCAUCAUGAAAGAAGCUAUUGAAUCUAAGCUAAACAGAACAUGGAUUGCAAGUGAUACAUGGUCCACCUCUUCAAAGAUCUCUUCAAUGCCACACUUUGAGAGGGCUGGGCAAGUUUUUGGAUUUAUCUUUAAAAGGAAAGAGGUUCCUGGUUUCAAAGACUAUGUCACCUCUGUGUUUAAUGGAACUACUAACAGCUUUAUCAAACAUCAUCUGACCCGCUAUCCACUUUGCUUAAAUCAGUCUGAGGAGAACGAAGAACAAAACUGCUUGCUGACCAACAACCAACAGUGUCUGCACCCCAGCUGUUUGGCAACUCACAUUGACCAGGAUGAAUCAUACAGUAUCUACUUAGCUGUCCAAGUCAUUGUUGAGGGUCUCAGACGCUUACUGAAAUGUAGCAACCAACAGUGUGAACGUGGCCCCAAAUUUACAGCUGUGGAGCUUCUCAUGGAAAUCCAAAAGGUCAACUUCACUGUGAACACCACACAUAUAUUCUUUAACGACAAAGGAGACCCCAGUUUGGGAUAUGAUAUUGUACACUGGAACAUGUCUAAAUCCACGCAGGGCUCACAAAUAGGAACUAUUGGAGAAUACUGGCCCAAUGGAACAAUCAGAAUCCCAGAAUAUCUUCUUAGCAGCAUGAAAAAUGUGACGGUAACUGCUUACAACUGCUCUAAAACAUGUGAACCAGGACAAGAGAUGAAAGUACAAAGAAAAAAAUGUUGCUAUGAUUGUGUGAAAUGUACAACUGGAGAGUUUUCCCCUGGAAACGGUACGGAGUGUAAGCGCUGUGGUGUAAAACAGUAUUCACUCGAGGGACAGAGGGAUGCGUGUUUCAACAAAGCUGAUGAAUAUCUCUUUUGGUCAGAUCACUUCUCUAUCAUUUUGAAUUCCUUUGGGAUCUUAGGAAUAAUUGUUACCAUUGGGUUCACUGUUCUGUUUGCAAUCUAUUCUUCAACUCCUAUUGUUAAGGCAGUUGGAGGUUACCUGUGUUUCUUGGAACUUCUUUCCCUGCUGGCCAGCUUCUGCCUUACCUUUGUCUUCAUGGGCAAACCCACCAAGGCCUCAUGCUUUAUAUGCAUGCCUUUCUUUUUCAUAGUCUUUUCCAUCUGCAUCUCCUGCAUUCUGGCGAACUUGCUUCAGAUCUUGGUGGGCUUCAACUUUCAUCUGAAGUUAGGAUCCUGGAUAAAGAAAUGUAACCGGCCGGUGGCUGUGGUGACCAUCGUCUCUGGGGUGCAGCUGGUUCUGUCUGUGUCAUGGCUGACCAUAAACCCACCAACUCCCACAGAGCUGCCAUCAAAUACGACCAUCCUGCACCAGUGUGAGAUUAAGACCCGUGGGUUCAUUUUAGCCAUGAUAGCCUAUCAGGCUCUUUUGGGCUUUAUUUGUUUCCUGUUUGCAUUCAAAGGUAAACAGUUGCCAGAUUUAUAUAAAAAUGCGGUGUUGAUCUCUGUCAGUAUGCUGCUGAUUUUAAUCAUUUGGGCUGUCUUCACCCCACUUUAUCUCACUCUGACAGGGAAGUACAAACCAGCCAUUGAAAGUGCAACCAUUCUCAUUUCUAGCUACAGCAUCCUCGGCUGUCACUUGGCCCCUAAGUGUUACAUUAUGGUGUUCAGAAAGGAGCUGAAUAAUGAAAAUGCCAUCACUGAGUACAUCAGGAAAUAUUAUGAGCAGAAGGGGGUGGCUGUGGUGAGAUCAUAGUUCCACACACAUAUCCAUAACGUCUUCCCGUGGUGAAGUUGUAGCCAGCGUGUCUCUACUGGACAAUUUAACAUGUUAUUGCCCACAAAAUGCCAUGUUUGACCUGAGCUUAAUCCAUCCUUUUAUUGCUAUUACAUUUUAAAUCAAAGGCUCAGUAUAUCUGGAACUGAUUCUGACCUAUUCAUUUUCCAGUGUAAUAUCUCUUGGUUGACAGUUGUGUGUGCAGCCUUUUUAGAACCACUAGGUGUUGCUAGAGCACCAGCAUCACACCUCUCCCCUCACUUCCCUGUCAUUUACAACCAGAAAGCUUGUGCAUUAGACAUGCACUGAAUGGCUUUAACAAGUUCUCCUCAGCUUGAGUAGCACUAUUUUCAGUGGACCUGUCCUCUUUCUCUCUGCUACUGUCUCUUCCACUCUCUGUGUGUCUGUUUCCACAGAACUUUGGAUUGAAGUAGACCCAUGGACACAUCGACUGUUUUUAGUCUGUCUCUUGCAAAUUUUUAAUGUAGGACUUGGGGGCACUGUAAUGCAUGUACAACCAGAUCAGCUGCCUUGCCCAGCUGACCUGGUCAUGUGGCAGUAUAAAAACUACUUAGGAGGAAAUCAGCACAGAUAGAUUAAUAUUCUGUGGCAACAGACUAAUAAGAAAAGUACAAAGUGGUGUAUGAGGACUGACGUGUUUGAUUUGCUGCCCUUUUCAGAAGAUCACAAUCUGUUGGACAUGCGAAUUUGUCACCCUGACUCUAAAAAUAUUAAAUAAUAAAUUAUCAGCAUGUGGGCUGCACAGUGGCUUGAUGGUUAGCACUGUCGCCUUGCAGCUAGAAGAUCCCUGGUUUGCAACCCCGCCUUCCCAGGAUCUUUUUGCAUGGAGUUUGCAUGUUCUCCCUGUGCAUGUGUGGGUUUUCUCCAGGUGCUCUGGCUUCCUCCCACAGUCCAAAAAUAUGAGGUUAGUUAGUAGUCUAAAUUGUCUGUAGGUGUGAAUGCAAGUGUGACUGUUUGUCUCCAUAUGUAGCCCUGUGAUAGACUGGUGACCUGUCCAGGGUGUCCCCUGUCUUCAGCUUAAGUCAGCUGGGAUAGACUCCAGCUUCGCCGCGACUCUGAUGAGGAUUAAACGGUGUAUUUUCAUUUCAUUUUCAUUUAUUCAUUUAUUUUUAAAAUGGGACAAUUCGUAUUGAUCUACAUUUUCAUGUAAAUAUGAUAGAUUGUAGCCAUACGGCUAAUUUCCGUCUCAAUUAUAGAUAAUGGAUGGAUGGAUUAUCAGCAUGUACACCUACUUAGUUCAGUUUAUGCCCUUAUGCCCAUAAUUCUAACCAGGUACUGGCAGACUAAGGAGAGAAAGUUGAAUGUAGCCACAGUUCACACAUGCUACCAAUCUGUGUGCCUAUCAGUGUACUAAUUCAUUUACACUGACUGCCACAGAAAUAUUUUUCUGUGCUACAUGACCCUUUUGGGUGGCUCUGCCCCCUUUGACAUGGUAUGUGAUUCCUUAAAAAUGAGUAAAUGAAGACAGCAGUGUGACACGUACACUACUUUCUGCUAACAAUCCCAAAAUACGAAGCAUCUGACUGACAAGAGAGAGUAAUAGCUAGUGUGGUUCUGUCACACGUAAGCAAAGUCUGCCUAGAACGUGAAGUUGAAAAGGUUCCGGCUUGUCUUCAUUACAAACUCCUGCUUCACAGUUGUUGCUGUCACUGGUAUCAUGAGAUAAUUAGUUAAAAAAAAGUUCAGCUAAACUGCAAUCUUGCUUUUUUCUUUUGAAUUUCCAGUGUAUAAAGCCAUUUUAUACACUUGACUAAAUUAAUAUAGGUGUGAUUGCUUUUUGCUUUUGACCAACCUGUUGUGUAUAUAUUCUUAUUUUUUUCAUAUUUUUUCAUAUUUUUGUUCAGAUACAUGUGAAACAAAUAUGUCGGACAUACUAAUGAUCACAUUGAACAAUAUUUUGCAGCUUUUAUUUAAGGAAAUGUUACACUAUAUAUUGCUGUAUACUGUCAAUAAAUGAAUCGUAAUUGUUGUCAGUACUUUGGCUCUACAUAUCCCACCAUGAAAUUGAAAUUAGAAGACAAACGCAAAGAGCUGUUUUGGAAUGUUUUUUUUUCUGAAUUAUAACCUGAAGCAGGAAUAUGUCUGUUACCUGGAUUUUGUGUCAUAUUUAGAUCCCUGAUUUUUUGAUAUAACGCAUCUGAAACAUUCUUUUCAGCCAGCAGGCUCAACAGUAGCAUUAGCGGAGGUGUCUUCCUCUCUGGGGAGGGAAGGGGGAAAAGGAAGGACGGCAGCCUGUUGGGAGUUAAUGAGGGUGCUGGGGGUUCUCCUUGCAGAUGGUCCAUAAACUUGAGGACAGGGAUGAACGUAGGCAAAAUGGACAAUUUCUCAGUAGCUUCUCAAGUGUGAAAUCUUCUCCUGAACGUUCACUGUGAUGGAAAUGUAACUGAUAAUUUGACACAAGUUUCUCCACUAUUUGAAAAAUACCUGUCAAAAAUGUAGCACUUCAGCAGCAGGACAGAGAUGGA